AUGAAACGUCACCCGCAAAUUAAAGAAAGAUGUGCCGAAGGCAUAUCAACAUCACGUUCCGAUGUAACAGAAUCUGACUUAAGAGGAUGGUUCGAUUCAAGCGAAAAUGCCCUCGAAAUACUCGAAGAUCCUACAAGGUUAUACAACGCUGAUGAGUCAGGGUUUCAGACUUGUCCUGAAUUUGGUAGAGUUUUAGGACCAGUUGGAAUGAAAAUUUUUUUUGAAGUUAAAUCGGGAAAAGAAAAGGAGCAACUUACUGUGAUGGCCUGUUUGAAUGCAGCUGGGCAAGUAGUUGCACAUAUGGUUGUAUAUCCUUUGAAGCGUAUAUCCAGGGAUAUAGCUAAUAACGUUCCAGCAGAUUGGGCUAUAGGAAAGUCUAAUAAAGGAUGGAUGACAGCACCUCUGUAUUUUGAAUAUAUAUUAAAUAUAUUUGAUCCGUGGCUAAAGAACAAUAUGAUUAUGAAACCUGUUUUACUUUUAGUAGAUGGGCAUCGAUCCCAUUUGACUUUGCAAGUGGCAGAAUACUGCGCAAAUAAUCAAAUUCUCGUGUAUGCAUUAUUCCCAAAUUCAACACACAUAUUACAGCCCGCUGAUGUAUCACUUUUCAAGUGCCUGAAAAGUGGCUGGCAAAAUAUCGUUUAUGAAUACAAAAGAAAUAGCGGUAAUAGACACAUUACUAGAGCUGGCUUUGCGCCUCUCCUUUUAAAGGUAUUUCAAGAUAGAGUUACACCUGAAAUAAUUUCUAAUGGUUUUAAAAGAUGUGGAAUCUACCCUUUUGACCCUUCAGCGGUAGAUUAUACCAAAUGCAUGGACCAUGAAGUGCGUAAAGUUUCACCAAAACUUGUAGAGACAGGAGUGGAAACAAUUCUGUUGCUGGAAUCUUUUAUGAGGAAAGGUCGAGCAGAACAAUUCAGACAAGUAAAUGACGAAUGGGAAGGUGAGGAAUCCGCUAAGGAACUAUUAUAG